AUGGGCGACUGGAUCAAUCUUAUGAUAUACGAAUCAGUUCUUGUUGUGCUCUUAUUGAUCAAGGGAUUUCAAAUGUACAAGGAACUUGGGGAAACAUCCCUCUACCUGGCUUUGUUCAAGGAUGGUGCUGUUUUCUACGCCUUACUCUAUGCUUUGUCAGUCGCAAACGUGAUUGUAAUCGGUUCUCCAUUCCGCGAGCCGUCAAAAUUUGCCUAUCUCGCAAGCAUGGAGCGAGUCAUGCAUUCUGUCUUGACAGGGCGUCUACUCUUUACAUUGCAAAAGGCCUCAGCCGAGCGAAUUACCACGGGCACAUCGAUCGACCUGCCAACUCUACAAUUUUCGGGAUCGACUGGAGUCCCAAGUACAAUGGACAGUAGAGCUGAAAGCGGAAGCGAAACCCUUACUCCUUCGCUUGUCGCCGGAGAACUUGAAGAACAACCUAAUCAGACAACCUUUCAUUGAUGGUUCCUCAAUUGUACCAAAGCACGAGCUAAUAUUAGGUUGCUGGUAACUGGUUUGAUUUGAGCUACUAUCAGAGUAAAAUAAGGGCAGAUCUGUGUGGAAUCAAAUCAUUCUCUCCU